CUGUCCGAACACUUAAAAGCGCAGAGAAGCAUUUAUUAUUUCUUAAUGAGAAGAUGGAGUGCGCCGGAAAGGGAAGCCGAACCCCAUGCGCCGGCGGUCCACCCACCAGAGGCUGCCACCGCUGCCGAGCUGUCGCCUACUGCUCCCUCUCUCACCAGGUUUCGCACUGGAGUGUGCAUAGGAGCGAGUGUAAGAGGUUAGAACAGCAAAUGAAGCGUGCUGAUGUUUUGAAUGAUUUCCCUUUCACUUUUACUCGAGAAGCUACUCAAAUUCAGGGGACAAGGUGUUCCUUUUUAACAAGGCACGGGAUUCACUGUCUAGGAAUGUGGAAGUGUGAGUGUAGCUGUGGAAUCUCAACUACAAGUUUUGAUAAUUUAAGGUUGGCAGAUGGUUGGAAUCUUCCGAGUGAGUUAUGUCCUUGUACAGGACCUUCCUCUCCAAUACCCAAACGUCUAACUACUUGGAAGGACUACUGUGAAUGGAGGUGCAUCCCUCUUUAUUCUCCUGCAGCUUUACUUCUUCAUUGGCCACUCACUGUAUAUCAGGCUAUUCAGCUUGCAAUUCAUCAAUGCUUGCUUCCACAAAUCAGUAAUGAACUGCGAAUACAUUACCUAGGACCAGAAAAGGAGCUUCUUCAGCUGCCAGUCUUUGGAGAACUGCAAGCACUUUUUCCCGGGGUACGGAUGCACAUUGACCUUGUGGGACCUGCAGUUCCACACCACAGGGAUGGUGAACAAAUCGAUCUGUCCUAUGCUCGGUGUAGUCAGAUGGAUUGUCGCUGUAAAGAUUCUGUAGGUAAUCAUACAGAAAUCCGAACAACUUCUGCUCCCUGUGCAGUCACAUUACAGCUUCAUGCUGGUUGUUACCACGACUGUUACGGAGAAUUAGUAAAGGAUUCUUUUCCUCAUAUAAUCUUAGCCCUGAAUGCAGGUAUUGCUGCCUACACGAGCUGGUUACCAACUCUGGAACUAAUAAAGGAGAUCAAAGUUCCAGCCUUUUUUUCUGAUUAUUGCGAGGAAGCUUCUUAUCUUGCAGUUUGUUGCAUAAGUUCUGCAACGGGCACUGCUCCCAAAAUUCAAAUACAGAUGAAUCCGUUCAGGCAACCUAGUCGUGUCGAAGAAAGUGCUCUCUUUCUCCCUUGCUAUUCUAAUUGCUUUCUCUUCGGCCUAUGAAAUUUUGCACCAGAUCUCUCCUCUCAUGCAACUAUAUGUCUAAUCAAGACGAUAUGGCUCUUGAGUUGCCAGGAAUGACCACGUAUGCAUCUGUCGUUGGGUUGUAAUCUCGAAGUCCUGUAUAAUUUCCUAUGCCCCGAAGGAAUUAUGACGAAAUUAGACUAAUAAUGAAAUGAAAUUUUUAUACUUGGACUUUGAUUCCAGAACUGUCUUGAUGUCUCCGCUUAUUCGGCUGUGGUAAUGAUAUUUGUUGAAAACUAAGAGGUAGUGAAGUACUCGGGUACCUUUGUCGCUUUGAUUUAUUUUGGAAGAUAUUAUUUUGAGGAGAUGGGGAUAUCUUAAAGUGGAGACAAA